CUUGUCGAAAUUUACAUACUCGCCCAUACAGACAUAUGUGCAUAUUUUGACGUUUUACAAUCACGCACACAGAAAACAUUAGAAAACACCUAUUAUACAAAAUGUGUCGUCGCGCCGUUAGGGACUGGCUAGUGCAACUUACAAUGGAGAAAUACAUUUACAAUAUCGCUGAUAAAGGCUUCGACACCAUAGCUAGGUGCAAACUUUUGACACCUAUUGAUCUGCUAUUAAUGAACAUUACUGAUAGGUCACAUCGGAAGCUACUGAUGGAUGGAGUGCAUCUACUUCGUAAUUCAGCCGAGCACUUCAUUUGCACCGAGCCAUGUGAACUGCAUUCGGAUGAGCUGAACAUGGAUCUCUUCAAUCCAGCUGAGGAGUUAGAUUCAAAGGGCAGUUGUGACAGCAUUUUCAUAAAUUCUGAUUUUGCAACCGACGAAGUCAUGGAAUCAUCGCCGCAUCCUUCGCCGCCAUUGGUACCAAAGUCCAAGUCAUUGCCCAAAAUGAAAAGCCAGCUAUGGGCAGAUACGGAUGAGUUGGUAUUCCCAUCCAAGCAUCCCACUAUUCUCAAAUCAAAAUCGCUGCCCAAAUUCGGAAAAUGCCAGAAUCCAGAUAAUGGCGAAGUUAUCAUAAAGUCAACGCAAACCAACGUGCCUACUCUAAGGGUGACCUUAAGUUACGUUUGUGCCGCGUGUCCUCACUUGAAGUUUUCAACUAAAUCGGCUCUGGAACAGCAUAUUGCCGAGAAUAAUGGAACCGAAUCGAUUGAUCAUAAACGAGGUGUGCCGCUUGUUAAUAAGAUUGAAAAAGUAGCAUUGGAGCUAAUUGAAAUCGAUUGAACAACUCCAAAGAUAGUUUAAUUGUUAAAACAUAUAGAAAAUGUAUUCUUGAGCGACAUGAAACGGCAGUCCCUGUAACCAGCAUGUAAAAAAGUAACACCGUCUAAAUUUUAAGUAAUUCCAACAAUUACAAUAACAUUUAUUUCUACAACUA